CGUCACACAGGGGCCAGAGUGAUUGGAGAUGGCAGCAGUACAGGAAGUGGUGAUGGAGCAAGAGGUGCGUUCUCCUCCUCCAGCACCGGAAGGAGGAAACGAGGAGGAUGAUCGAAUGAAGGAGUUGAUCCACUUGUGCUAUGAAGAAGGGAUUAUCCCUACAAACUUAGACCCUGGCGAGAUGACAGUGGUGGGACGGGAGGCACGGUUCAAGGUGAAUACCAAUAUCGAUCAAGCUAAGGUGAACUGGCUUAAGGCGCAUGCUGUCAUGGUCAUCUCUAAGGAAGGCGCCAGAUUCCUACCGAGAAAGGUGAAAGAUGAUAUUGUUCGAGCGUAUGAAAACAAACGAACUGGAGAUGGCACUUUCGAUCCGCUCAACUUCAGACGUGGACGGGUGAGAAUAGAGAGUCCCAAUGUAGUCUCUUAUGUGGCGAGAAGCACGGAGGUUGUGACAUGGCUAGUGAACAGGGGUAGUGACAACGUCACUCUUGCGAAAACGGCUUAUAACCUGGAGUUCAAGCCAUUGCUAACCAAGGCGCAGUUGAAGGCUCAAGGACGCGAAGAGGACGAGUCUACCUUUUGGGUUAUUGCUGUUCAAGUUCCACUCGACGCGAUGAUGUAUCUCGAAGCUCAUAUCAGACGCGCCAUCGGCCCGAUCAUUCUCAUGCAUCCAGCGGAACAGGAUCGAAUGAAGCCAUCGCUGAUCAACAUCAAAUUUGAUGUAGAUCCAGCUAGCCGUCCCAACAUGAAGGAUGUAAUAUGGGUCGACACUUUUGAGGGAGAUUCGCUGGAGGUUAAGCUGGCGUCUUCAGAAACUCCACGCUGUCGCCGAUGCCGUGUUUUUUUCCACACGGAGGAGGAUUGUCGUCGAGGAUCUCGUCAACGGGACCAAGCUUCAGGAAAAGGACAACAAGUAACACGAGGUAACGCGGGUGAUCAAGGACAACAGCCGCUUCCCAUCUAUCAAGGUCCAUUGGGAACACGACCAUCAUCACCAUCACAACAAGCGAGUUCUGCUCAUCAACAUCAGCAACAGCACACCCAAGGGGGCAUGAUCGGUGACAAUAACAUCCACCUCAACCCACUGGUAUCACCUGCACUUGCAGCUUUUCAGGGAGGUUUUCCCUCCCCAUCACGGCGAUCCACAGGGAGCGAGUUGGGGCCAUGUACCCCCAUACAUGUGGCAGGGCAAUCAGCCCAUGUUCAAUCAGGGUAUGCAGUACGGAUCAACGUUCCAGCAUUAUGGUAUGCCGCCGAUCCAUCCUGAGACAUCAAGAGGCAACCUUCUCUCAGCUGGAGUACCAGGGGGUAACCUCGGGUACCGGCCAGCUCCGAUUCCAGCAGCAUCGCAAGGAGAGGAAUUUCCUACAACACAGGGAGAAUCCACCCCAGGAGCUAAUCAGCAUGCAACUGAG